CUCCUCUCCCUUACUUCCGGUUUUCUCCAGUCCAAUACGCAUGCGCAUAUACUAUAAGCAUGCGCAAAAGCAAUACAAUUGUAAAUACUUGGUUUAAAAAAAUCAACGGAAGAUUAGAUGGGAGAGAUCAAACCGGGUUGAGACACUUUGCUGUGUGGUGGGCGGGACCCGUGUCUCAAAAACGGGUUAUGCCAGUAGGUUUCCGUUUGACUUGUCUGCUGUAGUUUUGAAAGGAAACUGGAAAACGGUUGGAUUUGAACUGGGAUUGCUUUGCGGAGGAAAAAUGCCAGCUGUGAAAGUUUUAAAACCUGUACUAAAAAUGAAAGUGGAUGAACUCUUUUUGUGCUGGUUGAGUGAAACAGCCACCCAGGCGAUGCUCAAGGACUAUAUAAGAAGUAUAACCGAGGAGGAGAAGAUAGAAAUUGGUUCUGGUGAUGCUGGAGGCAAUAAACGAUUUUUUUCUGAGAUAAACUCUGUCUCCAAGCAGAGCAUGUUAGGCAAUUUGUUGUCUCCUCUAAUUCCUACAAGUCCUCAUAUUCUUUCUCCUGCUCUGCCAUUGGGAACACCAACAAGUCCAAGAAGGUUUUCUAAUAGUCGAGGAAGACAUAGGUCUUCAAGUAGCCGAAUGGUUCAGUCAAAGAAAGAAGAACCUUUGACUCCAUCUUUGAGCCAAACCAUUCCAACAUUUUAUUUUCCUCAAGGAUGUCCACAAGAAAAAGUGAAUAUUGAUGCUGUCAUUGCAAAUGUAGAGAAAACUUUCUCUCUGUUUCCAAAUGAGAGAGUGUCAUUAGAAGAUAUGGGGAAAGUUGCCAAGGCAUGUGAAUGCCCUCUCUAUUGGAAAGGCCCUCUAUUUUAUUGUGCUGGAGGAGAACGAACAGGAUUUGUAUCAGUUCAUAAAUUUGUUGCAAUGUGGCGAAAGAUACUGCAGACUUGUCAUGAUGCUGCUGCAAAAUUUGUUCAUCUUUUAAAGACCCCGGGAUGUAACUAUUUGGUACAAGAAGACUUCAUUCCACUUUUGCAAGAUAUAGUCAACAGUCACCCUAGUCUUGUCUUCUUAAAAGAAGCAUCCGAAUUUCAUUCUCGGUACAUUACCACUGUAAUACAGAGGAUAUUUUAUACCGUAAAUAGGUCCUGGUCAGGAAGAAUCACUUGUAAUGAACUUAGAAAGAGCAGCUUUUUGCAGAAUGUGGCAAUGUUGGAAGAAGAAGUGGAUAUUAACCAGCUGACCGAAUACUUUUCUUAUGAACACUUUUAUGUAAUUUACUGCAAAUUUUGGGAGCUGGAUACAGACCAUGACCUUUAUAUUGAUACAAAGGAUUUAGCACGGCAUAAUGAUCAUGCCAUAUCUAAUCGGAUGAUAGAGAGGAUUUUCUCAGGAGCUGUAACAAGGGGGAAGAAAGCACAGAAAGAAGGAAAAAUCAGCUAUGCAGAUUUUGUAUGGUUUUUAAUAUCUGAAGAAGACAAAAAGGCAGCAACCAGCAUUGAAUACUGGUUUCGCUGCAUGGACCUUGAUGGCGAUGGUGCACUGUCUAUGUAUGAGCUGCAAUAUUUUUAUGAAGAACAAUGUCAAAAACUGGAUAAUAUGGCUAUUGAACCACUGCCAUUUGAAGACUGUCUUUGCCAGAUGCUUGAUCUUGUGAAACCAGAGUGCGAAGGGAAAAUAACUCUUCGUGACUUAAAGAAGUGUAAGAUGGCAAAUGUGUUCUUUGAUACCUUUUUCAACAUUGACAAAUACUUAGAUCAUGAGCAGAAGGAUCAAUUUUCUAUAUUGCGGGGUGCUGAAAAUGAAAACCAAGAAAUGUCUGAUUGGGAAAAAUAUGCUGCUGAAGAGUAUGAUGUCUUGGUGGCAGAGGAAGCUGCUAGUGACCAGUGGAAUGAUUGCUAUGAACCAGAAUUGAACCCUGGAGACCAUCAAAAGACCAAUGUACUAAAAUAUCAGAUGGAGAAAAGGCCUUUCUUUGACAUGCCUUCCCAUUUGGCUGAUGUUGACUUGGAUGAGUAUGACUAUGAGGAAGACUUUGAAUAAACUGUGCCACCCUGUUUGAACAAGGAAUUAAUACGGACUGUCUGCAGCAGGUCUGCUGAAUCUGUGUAGAGCUUUGUUUCUAGAAAAAAAGUAAACUUGUUUGGCUGCAAGAUUAAUAAUCAUUUAGAUAAUAUUUUGAAAACAAAAUGAGUUUGUAGGAAUGACAUCUUUUGUAUUUAUUCAACAGAUUGUUUACUGUAAAGUACUUAAAUUAUUUAUAGAUAGGUUAUUCUUCCUUUAAGGAAUUACAACAUAUCUUAGGUGUUUAAAGUAGAUUUUCAGGCUUGUUUUUAUACAGCACUAGAAUUCUUCCUAAUUUCUACUUGUAUGUGUUGGCUGAGGCCAGAAGUCGAUGCUCUUGCAGCCUCUUAGCAGACGUCCAGUAACUGCCAAAAUUCAAAGAGAAAAGGGUCACAAGCCAGGACUUGAAGGUAGUGGCUAACUUCUCAAGUAAAGAGUCAUUGCUUGGACAAGCUGGAUACACUGGUGCACAUAGCAAAGUAUGUCAUGCUCUGAAACAACCUGUUCUUUUCCUGUCUUUCUCCUUUUCAUUUUGUUUGCGUGACGCCCAUGACAAAAGUAGCUUUUAUUUCUCACAUGACUGCAGUGGAUAUUCCCAUGUCAAAGGAACCAAUUUUUAAACACUAUGUAAAUUUUACUUGAUCUGUUACGUGCACUAACCUUGUGAUGGGCAUUUAGUGUGUUUCUUCAGUGGUUAGCUAUUGACACAUUCCAUGAAUAUUCAAUACCAGUGGUGUCAGAGCAGUUGAACAGUUUAAUGCUUUGCUUGCCUGUGUAAGGUGAGAGAGCGCUUCUUGGACAAGCUAGAUGAUUGCUACUCCAGUUUUUUGAAAAAUCGUAAUGGUUUGUAGUGCCUUAAUUAUCCCCAUGUUCACCUAAGAAACAGAAUCUAAAGCAUUUAAAGCAAAACCCUUGCUGUUAAGAUUUUCUUGUAAAGAAAAAAACAGAUUAAGUUAUUAUGGUUGCAGUGCAGAUCUCUUACACCUUUAAAAUAUCAUGUUAUUAUGUUGGUAUUUUCAAAUAAAGUUUUUUCAUAAAUAUAA